GAUUGUAGUAAAUAUGAAAAAUUAUAAUUCAAUUUGUAGUCUCGUGAUACUUAUAUGUAGUAUAAAUUUAACACACGCAGCUAAAAGUCACCCAAUCACAACAUUAAUUAAUGCAAAAUGGAGCAUAACACCCAUUCAGUUGGAAAUUGCUGAAUAUUUAUCUGACAGUUCAAAUCAGAAAUUUUGGAUCUUCCUCGAUGAGUUAGCAAAUUUAAAAAUUAAUCUUGAUGAUCUGGAAAAUGAUCAUCAACGCUAUAAAGCUUCAAUAGAUGUUGCUAGUAAUCUUCUAACUGGUGCACAAUUAAAAUUGUUGAAGUUGUCGUUAUCGCUUCAUUCGCUUACGCCACGCAUUCAGUCGAAUUUUAUGAUUGCUGAUGACAUUUUGAAGCAUAAAGAUUGCAGAGAAGGAUCCAGAGCAUUUGUGAUUAUUGGGAGCGAUCUUGUUUGCACUGUCAACGAGUUGAAAGCUAAAUUGAAGCAAUCAAAAAUUGAUUCUGAUAACAAUUCGGAGUUGUAUAGUUUUGAUCACAUCUUUCCUGGAACUGAAAAUAAUUUAUUGACAACGACACUUUAUGGAGAAGUUGGAAGUGCAAGUUUUAAUGAGUUCCAUCAUGUGAUAAAGAACGAAGCAUUAAAUGGAGUGAUCAAAUAUGUAGCUCGUCAUUUUAUCAGACAUCGAUCAGAGACAAAAGUUCGCCUAUCUGGAUACGGAGUUGAACUUCAUCUCAAGUCAACUGAAUACAAAGCUCAAGAUGAUUCACCACGAAAAGAUAAAGAUGAGAACAUUGACGGUGAUUCUGUUGAGAAUGAAGUUGAAGGUUUUAACUUUGCAACACUUCGAAUUCGAUUCCCACACUUAUCACAUUCCUUGGACAAACUUCGCGGAAGUUUAUUGGAGAAAAACGAAGAAGUCGCACCAUUGAAAGCUUGGGAAUUCCAAGAAUUGGGACUUCAAGCUGCUGAACGAGUUGCUUCCAUUCAAGGUGAAGAAGCUUUAACAAUUCUUCAAUUUACAGCACAAAACUUCCCAACACAAGCUAAAACUUUAGUCCACACUCAAGUCAGUGAAGAUUUUAAAAUUGAAAUGAAAAACAACAUUGAAGUGUUUGGUCGUAAUCUCAACCUUCAACCACCCGAUGCUGCUUUGUUUCUUAACGGAAUGUAUUUUGAUGCUGAAACUUUGGAUCUUGAGACAUUACUUGACACUCUCAAGAAAGAAUCGCUGACUCUCGAUGGUCUCAACAAGAUUGGACUUCAUGGAACCGCAUCAAGUCCACUUCUUGCACUUGACUUUGCAUCACAAGCGAAAGAAUUUGCGAUGGAUAUUCGAGACUCGGCAGUUAUUUGGGUAAACGACUUGGAAGUUGAUAAAGAAUAUCGAAGAUGGGGUGGGAGUGUAAUGGACAUGCUGAGACCAACAUUUCCUGGCAUGAUGAGAAGUGUUCGCAAGAAUUUCUUUAAUCUUGUGCUGGUGUUUGAUCCCAUCAAGCCAGACGCUCGUGAUCUCAUUCGAAUGGCUGAAAGUUUUGUUGUCAAUUUAGCACCAAUUCGAUUAGGAAUUGUUUUAGAUACACGAGCAGGAAUUGGCAAUCUCGAUUCACUUUAUCGCACACUUAAUUGUGCCUUCAAUUACAUGCAACAAAAGAAAGGAUCGAGAGAAGCUUUGAGCUUUCUACUCGACAUUUUCUCUGCAAUUGAAAAGACUGAAGAUUUGACUUUGGCUGCGAUCAAAAAGAUUUUCAAGAGAACAAAUUCAAAGCUUACAAUUGAUGAAGUUGACGAUGCACUUGGUGAAGAUUCCGAUUUCGAUUAUGGACGUCAAUUAUCAGAGGAAUUCAUUGAAAGGUUGGGAGUGAAGAAAGUUCCACAAGCGCUUUUAAAUGGCGUUCUUUUAUCGGAAAAGUCUUUGAAUCGUGAUGAGUUUGAAGAAUUAAUUCUAACAGAAAUCAUGCAACAAACACCAACACUUCAGAAAUCAAUUUACAGAGGCGAUCUAAGUGACGGCGAAAAUGUCAUCGACUAUUUAAUGCAACAACCUCAUGUCAUGCUUAGAUUAAAUCAAAGAAUUCUUUCGAAUGAUGAAAGUCAAAGCUUGGACAUGCAUUCGGGAGAAGCUGCAAAAGAUAUCGAAGAUGUGAAACUUCUGGCAACACUUAACAAUGAAGAUUUAACAGCAACAGUGAUGAAGCAUAUUAAAUAUUUCGAUGCAAAGUACUCGCAGGAAAAAUUUAUGAAGAACAAACUUCACUUCUUGACGGUUUGGAUUGUUGGAAAUUUGAAUGAGAAACGUGAUCGGGAAUUAUUGAUAAACGGAUUAAAAUAUAUAAAAUCAAAUAGCGGAGUUCGACUGACAUUCAUUCCGAAUGCUGAUAAAGAUGCGGCGAUGAGUGUUGGAAGGGAUUACAAUGCAAUUAUUUGGAGUAUGUUGAACACUUUCGAUGGAAAAGAAGCAACCGAGAAAGUUCUCAAAUAUCUCGAAGAAGACGACAAACAAUCAAUGACAGAUAACGUUAAAGGAUUUCUUCCAACUGCCGAACUUCAUCUUAAAAUGCUUCGAAUUUAUUGUCAACGUGUUUUGAAGUUUAAAAGCAGUCAGACAAGUGUCAUCACAAAUGGAAGAAUCUUCGGGCCACUUGACAACGAUGAACUUUUCACGAUAGAUGAUUUUAAUCUUUUAGAUAAAAUAAACCAACAACAAUACAUUUCGAAAGUGAAAGAAGCUUUAAAAACAAUCAAAAUAGAAGAUUUUGAUCUUGAACUGUCGUCUGAUGUGAUGGUUCGUUUGUUGUCGUUGCUGAUGCCACGAACGUCAUCAAAAAAUCGCUUUAACAUUCCAACAGAAUUAAGAGAAGAUUUCACUGUUGUUAAACUUCCACCGAAAGUCAAAGAUGAACCAAACUUUAAUAUUAUUGCUGUGCUUGACCCAGCAUCGCGUGGGGCGCAAAAAUUGGCGCCGCUUUUGAUUCUUUUACGUCAAGUUGUUAAUUGUGAGUUAAAAAUUUUCCUUUGUUCCGUCGAUAAGCAUUCAGAUAUGCCAGUAAAGAAUUUCUAUCGUUAUGUGGUCGAGCCAGAACUUCAAUUUACACCCGAAGGUCGUUUAGCAAACGGUCCCGUUGCGAAAUUCGUUGGAAUGCCAGCAAAUCCUUUGCUGACACAAAAUCUGGCAAUUCCUGAGAAUUGGAUGGCGGAUUUAAUGCGAUCUGUUUAUGAUCUCGACAACAUUCGUUUGUCUGACAUUGGCGGACCAGUUCAUAGUGAAUACGAGCUUGAAUAUUUGCUACUUGAAGGACAUUGCUUCGAUACAACGACCGGAUCACCGCCUCGUGGUCUUCAAUUCACCUUAGGAACAAAAGAACAGGAAGUCGUUGUUGACACGAUUGUCAUGGCUAAUUUAGGAUAUUUUCAAUUGAAAGCAAACCCUGGAGCGUGGACUCUCAAACUUCGUCAUGGAAAGAGUGCUGAAAUUUAUGAUGUGACGAACGUUGAAGGACUGAACACAAUUCAUUCAGUCAACGAUGGCCUCGUGUCUGUCGUCAUAAAUAGUUUCCGUUCUCAUGUGUUGAAAGUUCGUGUCACUAAAAAACCUGAGAAAUUAAACGCUGAUUUGUUGGGUGAUGAAGAGCAAAGUGGAGGAAUUUGGGAUUCAAUCACAAGUACAUUUAGUGGAUCUGGAACUGAGACAACUGCUGAGACGAUAAACAUUUUCUCAGUUGCUUCUGGUCAUUUGUAUGAACGAUUACUUCGCAUCAUGAUGUUGUCAUUGCUUAAACAUACAAAACAACCAGUAAAGUUUUGGUUUUUGAAGAAUUAUUUAUCGCCACAAUUCAAAGAUUUCUUGCCAGCGAUGAGUCGCGAAUAUAACUUUGAUUACGAACUUGUUCAAUAUAAAUGGCCACGAUGGUUGCAUCAACAAACAGAGAAGCAAAGGACGAUUUGGGGCUACAAAAUUCUUUUCCUCGACGUUCUCUUUCCUUUGAAUGUGAAGAAAAUCAUUUUUGUUGAUGCUGAUCAAAUUGUUCGUGCUGAUAUGAAAGAACUUUACGAUAUGGAUUUGGGUGGUGCGCCAUACGCUUACACGCCUUUUUGUGAUUCUCGAAAGGAAAUGGAUGGAUUUAGAUUCUGGAAUUCGGGUUAUUGGCGGAAUCAUCUUCAAGGACGUAAAUAUCACAUCUCAGCACUUUACGUCGUUGACUUGAAGCGAUUUAGAAAAGUUGCUGCUGGAGAUCGCUUACGUGGACAAUAUCAAGCACUCAGUCAAGAUCCAAACUCUUUGUCGAACCUCGAUCAAGAUUUACCCAACAACAUGAUACAUCAAGUUGCAAUCAAAUCACUUCCACAAGAGUGGCUUUGGUGUGAAACAUGGUGUUCCGAUGAUGGGUUAAAGCGAGCGAAGACUAUCGAUUUAUGUAAUAAUCCAUUAACAAAAGAAGCAAAAUUAACUGCCGCACAAAGAAUUGUGCCCGAGUGGAAAGAUUACGAUAAUGAAAUCAAAAGUUUAAUGGCUCGUUGGCUUGACGAAGAACAGAUGGAGCAAACGACUAAUAGCAAAAGUGCAAAUGAGAAACCAAAAACACAAACGGAUGAGAUGUCGCAUGAAGAGCUGUGAAACAUUCUUUUGAGACCUUUAAGAGCUUUAUCACCGACUCACCAUCACUUUCAUGAAAAAUUCCUCUCGUUUUUCUUUUUCUGCUCACAAUCUUUCAUUCAACGACGUUAUUCUAGGAAAGUUUUACGAAUUUGUUUUCCCUUUUAUGCCUCAAUAAAAGUUGAUGAGAAUUUCUUGGCUAUUUUAACAUUGCUCGCAUUCUUAUCAUGAUUGACUCGAAGACAGCAUCAUACUGUUGUCAAUUAAAUGAAUAGUCAUUGAGUCUUUGAGUAUAUUAAAAAAUGUCUUUUCAGGUGUCUCUGUCGCUUACGUUGAACAU